GCAUGAUUUAGGGGAAAAAAAACUUGUGGUAAGAAUUUCAGUCGACACCGAAUCCAAGUAAACAAUCCUGAAAAGUGGAAGCUCAUGGAGCGUUUUCCAUACAACUUCCCUUGGAUUAUGGAUGUCAAAUUUACCAAGACUGUGUGUUACAUGUGAGCUGAUCCUGACAAUAAACUCUGUGUUUUGAAUAAAGCGAGAUUAGUAUACCACCAGGAUGUCCAAAAAUACAAGGGUCCCAGGUUACAUGCAAAGUAAAGCAGCCAGGAAUGCUAGAGGAAUAAUUGGAGACAGAGAGAUUCGAUUCAAGUGCUCCCUACAAAACACCAUUCUAGAUGUGUUACGGGGCCGGCCAGGAUGGCAGGAGGUCCCAGGCCCAAAUUUCCAACAACAAAACAUGCAACAAAAUAGUAGACCUGCUGCUGGCUCCCAAACUUCGACCCAACCACCAGAUGGGAAGGGGAAUAAGACAGGUUCCACAGGUACUACCCCAUCAAACACACAAAAUUCACCCGCCACCUCAGGCGGAAAAACUGGUACUAAACCGACACUAUCGUCUCAGCCCGCGGGACCCCAACAACAAUCGGGAGGGGUCCCCAACAGGAUUGGUACUAAAUCGACUAUGUCGCCUCAGACCUCUGGACCCCAGCAACAAUCGGUCGGGGUCCCCAACAGAUUCGGUUAUCAACCUGUUCCCCCCAUUCAGAGAAACAGUGAUGGUGAUUGGGAUUUUUAUUGGUGCGAUCGAGAAUGGCUGCAUCAGAAUUAUGACACCAUGUUCCUCCAUGAACAUCAGAAGAUCCUACACUUCCGUAACCACUAUGAGUUGACAAGAAAAAAUCUUAUGGUUAAAAAUCUUAAGCGGCUGAAGAAGCAGACAGAAAGAGAACAGGGAAAGUCAGAAGGACUAAGUUUUGAUUUUCACCCUACCACCUAUGAACUACCAUCGGAGUACCACAUUUUUGUGGAGGAGUUUAAACGGAAUCCAGGUAUUACUUGGAUCAUGAAGCCAGCAGCUAAGUCUCAGGGCAAAGGUAUAUUCCUCUUCAGGCGGCUCAAGGAUAUCACAGACUGGAAAAAGGGAGAGUAUCAGCCCCUUACUGAUACGACAAGAGAAGUUCCGGAGACGUAUGUGGUCCAGCGCUACAUAGAAAACCCGUACCUUAUAGGGGGUCGCAAGUUUGACAUCAGGAUCUAUGUCCUUGUUGUCUCUUACAACCCCCUGAAGGUAUGGCUAUACAGAGAUGGCUUCGCUAGAUUCUCCAACACCAGGUUCUCCCUCGACUCUAUAGAGGAUGCAUAUGUCCAUCUGACGAACGUGUCGGUACAGAAGAAUGCCCCUGACUACGACCCAGAGAAGGGCUGUAAAUGGUCCACAUUGAGGCUACGACAGUACCUGUCUGCUAAACAUGGCUCAGAAGCGGUAAAGAAAGUGUUCAAAGGUAUUGAUAACAUUAUCACUAAAGGCCUACAGAGUGUCCAGAAAAUCAUCAUCAAUGACAAGCACUGUUUUGAGAUGUAUGGUUACGACAUUCUGCUGGACGAUGACCUAAAGCCAUGGCUGAUCGAGAUCAAUGCCUCACCUUCACUAACGGCCAGUGGAAAAGAGGAUUACGAGCUCAAGUUUGGUCUACUCAAUGACCUCCUGAAUGUCCUUGACCUUGAAAAUAGACUUACGGGUAAAGAGAAGAGGAUUGGGGGCUGGGAUCUCCUGUGGGACGAUGGCCCAGUUCUUGCUGAUGAUGGCAAUAUGGAGUGUACGACCAACGGAACCUCUGUCACCACUGCCAACUCUUUCUUAGGUUGCCAUAACGAUAGAAAACGUCAGUUACGAGAGAUCUACACAUCAGCACAGGCCAUCAAGAAGACAUAGAAAACAAGAUUGGUCUGGGACAAGUAUAAUUGGUAAUUUGUCUGCCAGGUCUUCAAAUGGUUUGGUUUGGACCCAAAUUGGAGUAUGCCACAUUUAAAGGGACCAAUUAUCAACUUGGGCUGCAGAAACUCUUGGACCAACCCUUCUAUAGGUUUGGAUGGGAAAGGAAUCUGUAAUGACCUUUCCUAAGUCUCAGAAUCUCUACAACUGAUCCCCCAGGGCUGUGAUAUCAUGUUAAGGGAGAAACUGCCUGACAUUUAUAACAUUGUAAUCAUUGAUGACUGCCAUGUUGGUUAUAACAUUGUAAUUGUUGAUGACUGCCAUGUUGGUUAUAACAUUGUAAUUGUUGAUGUCUGCCAUGUUGGUUAUAACAUUGUAAUCAUUGAUGACUGCCAUGUUGGUGUACAGCGAGUGUGUGAAUACAGGAUGUAGAAUUCCUGUGUAUAUCUGUUUAUUCACAUUUUAUUUACUAAUCAUACAUUCACAAACAUUGUUCAUAGAACAGGAAUGUCACUUAAUGAUAUGUGAUAGUGUAAUAAAAUAACUGAUAUAUUCUGUUUUGAACAUAAUUAAUAUUUUUUUAAAAAAGAUCCAUUUAACUUUGUUUUAAAUGCAGAUCGAUGAUUUAAUUUCUCACCUUAUGUAUGUUUAAUUUGCUGUGUUCCUUGCAUGUGAUGUAAAAGUUUAUAAUAAAACCUGUUUUUAUGAUCCAUCUAA